CUGAAAAGAAAAAAAAAAGGGGGGGGAAGAGUAAGAAACCGAGUUGUGGAUGCUGUGUUGAUAAGGAGGAGAUUCGAUAAGAGAUCUCGUACUUGCAGGAUUUAAGUGCCUCGCGCGUGGGAAGCUGGUGCGGGAUUUGGCUAUGAUCAUGGCUCUCUCUCAUUAGAGCCGACCAAAACACCUGCUCGGAUCGCUACCUAUCCACGUAGGUAUCACGGAAAUCAGGCGGUGUAUAUACUCUGAGAUAAACUAAAAUUGUACUUACAAGGAUUCCUUUGUUGCUUUUGACCUGCUGACAUCUCUUGGACGCUUUUCCUUGCCUACAAUGGGCUGCCGUGAUGUUCAUGCUGCCACAGUCCUUGCCUUCCUUUCUGGAACAGCAGCCUUAUCGGGACUCAUUGCCGCAGCUCUGCUUCCUAACUGGAGACAAAUGCGCCUCUGCACCUUUAACAAGAAUGAAAAGAAUGUAACGGUAUACACAGGCCUUUGGAUUAAGUGCGCUCGCUUUGAUGGAAGCAAAGACUGUGUGAUUUAUGACACAGAAUGGUAUACUGCAGUUGACCAGCUGGAUUUGCGUGUUCUCCAGUUUGCUCUCCCUAUAAGCAUGUUAACAACUGUUUUGGCCCUUUUUCUCUGUUUGAUUGGCAUGUGCAACACUGCCUUCGUAACAACUGUGCCCAACAUCAAGCAGGCCAGAUGUCUCAUAAACACUGCAGGCUGCCAUCUUGUGGCCGGCCUCUUCUUUCUCCUUGCCAGUGUCAUUUGCUUGGCACCUUCCAUCUGGGUCAUUUUUCAUAAUCAAGAAAUGAACAGAAAAUACGAGCCUGUUUUCAGUUUUGACAUUUCUGUGUACAUUGCUAUUGCCAGUGCUGGAGGCUUGUUGUUCACAGCCAUUCUCUUGUUCCUGUGGUACUGUGCGUGCAAAUCUCUCCCUUCCCCUUUCUGGCAGCCCCUCUAUUCACAUGCACCUAGCGUGCACAGCUAUGCCUCUCAGCCAUAUUCUGCACGAUCACGCCACUCGGCCAUUGAAAUUGACAUCCCUGUUGUUACACAUCCUUCUUAAAGAUGGGAUUAGGAAAGCUGAAUAGCUCCCUGCUGUGUCAGAUAUCGAGGCAGGUGGCUUUCCACUAUCUUCAAGACCUGUAGAAAUAAUUUACAAAAGGUGUGUGCAAAAGAAUUUCCACUGUUAAGUUGACGAUUUUACAACCUCUCUAUCUUGGUUUGCUAUAGUAAAGGAUAAGCAAGCCAGAAUUUUAGAUGUUCUGUUUGUUGGGUUCUGAACCUGUCUAUAAAUGGAAACUAUUCAAGUUUGUAAGUUCACAGGAAAUUUAUAGAUUGCAACAUCUUUGCUUGUAUAUAUUUCAUCUUAGUUUUUGAAUUGUACUACUAAAAAUAUUUGGCUAGUGUUUGCGAUCAAGCAUACAAAAAUGUUUUGUAAGUAAUUUUUGCCAGUUCAAAUUUCUCCUACUUUAGAACACUGGAUUUUAAUAAUCUUGACUGAUAAUCAUUUUGUAUUUUUGAGACCAGUAAUUUUUUUUUGUCAAUCAAGUUAUAUUUACAUGUACAAUAAUCAUAUAUGUUAACUUAUUUUACAUUACUUGAGUAAAAACAGACUGACUUAAUUUUAGAUCCUUGGCAAUCUAAAUUGUAAUAGACCAGGUUAAUCCUGUGCCAGAUUUUGUUCUCUAUUGCACAUUGUAAGAACUUACUACAGUAUUUGCUUGUGAACAUCUGAGAACUGCUCUCAAACUAAUCUUGACUCAGGUGAAAAUUGAAGAUUUGGAAGAAGUGUAAUAGUAUAUUUCCUUUCCUUUAUAUCUUUUUAUUUUUGUAGUCCUAGAAUAAUCUGCAUUGUUUGAGAAGACUUUUGCUAUAUAGAAAACAGGUCUUAAAGAUGUAUUUUCUUAUCUCUAAACAUAGGAAGUAAAAAAAAAAUUCUUUUACAGUUAAAACAUAUAUAACACUAAUAAUACAAAUAGUCUCAGGAUUAUUUAAAGUGCCCUAUAAUCAGAAGUUUAUACUAACUGGAAUGUUCUUUUUCAUGGCUAUUGGGCUCCAUGAGAUAUUCUUCUAGGAAUACAGGUUUUUCCAUAGCCAAGCCUUCCUUUGCUCUACUUUAAAAAUCCAUUGUUAUUAAGACACUGAAUGAAUGAACUCCUACUCUGAUGAUUAAGGCUGUACAAAUGUUAGAUUGUUUUAUGAAAUCAGGAUUGCUUUUAUGGAUUGUUCUAUUACUAACAGGCCUUGAAUGUCAUUUGCACAAUACUAUUAUAAAGCUUUUGUAAAUAGAGAGCCUUUUAAUAUAAGUAUCACCGAAGAUAAGUUUAUUAUCGAAACCGUUUUUUUAAAAAGUGGAAUUCUGGAACUGGCUCUUACAUAUAGACUCAGCUCUUGUAUUUCCAACCUGACUCUGCCUUCUUCUUUGUUAGACAUCACUUGUUUUCUUGAGAUACAUUUUCAUUUAGCGAGAUGUACCUCUUCUGAAAAUUAGUAACUAGUGUGAGCUGUUAAGCCUUCUUUGAAUAAUCUGCUAUAUGUGCCAUGUAUCUAGUUUCACAGAAAGUUCUAAAAUUUCAUGGGUAAAGCAAGGUUUGGCCUUCUGAAUUUAUUGGGGACUUUUUAUGCUUAAAUAUAUAUAUAAUGAAAGGCCUCCAGGGGUGUGUGUCACAAGUUUAAUUGGCUCAAAAGAAAAUGUCAACCUCUUUCCAGAGAAACCAAAACAAAACUGGAAGUGGAAGUCUCUUCUGGUUUUUGAAGACCCACACCAGGUUUUGACACUUUCUAAAAAAUAAUGUGGGUGGGUGCUAGGAGCAAAAGUAUGUCCAGCAGUUUUGCCAGAGUUGCCCAGCCUUAAUUUAUACAAACCUUUCUACACUUCUUACCUUUCAGAAGACUCUUCUUUCUUUUUGCUUACAUUUCCAUCUCAAUCCUUCCCUGCAAACAAAUCCAGUUUUCUAAGACAACCUCAAACCAUUAAUAGGAGUCGUGGUUUGUUUUGGUUUAAGAAUUCCAGCUUUUUGAAACCAUAGUUUUGGGUUAGGGCAGCUAUUUUCUUUUGUGGGAGGUGCUGCUUGCAGGUGGUAGGAGAAGAACAGACAAGAAAGGGCAAAAACAAUCUGCAGUUUUGUCUGUGGGACAAGUGCUGCACAAACCAACAAACCAUGGCUAACAUAAACCAUGAUGCACCUGUUGAGAGAUCUGAAGUCUACAGAAAUUGGGAACUGUGGGGAUCUGUUUAUAGGUGAAUAGUGCUUUGUGUUUAUACUGUGUAAAAUUUAAGUGUGAGGUAUGUUCAGCAUGCUUCAAGCAUCACCUGAGAGACGUAUAGGUCUUAUUCAGAAAAUAUGCUUAAUACAGUAUAUGUGCUUUUGACAAAGAUAUAUUGAUUGUGCUAGAACAGGGAACCAUUGCUUUCUUCUUCCUUUUACCAAUCAUCGGCUAACUACCCACUUCUUUCUUUUAGCUGAAAAUUCUUGUGAUGUUUUUAUUGGCAUUUGGAACCCCUAUACAGUAAAUUUGUCAUGCAGAUCUGAUGAGUUCCCCCCUUCCUUGUGAUGUACCAUUUCUUGGUAAGCAUUAUGAAGGACUGAGAAGCAGCAGCUCUGUUUUAAAAUCUAAAUUAACCUAUCGCUUUUGUCUUAUAUAUUCCACUCAGAAUUAUGUUUUAUUGAUGACUGGAAUAUAUCUAGUACAGCCAGUGAUCACAGAAAUGCAUGGUAAUAAUGCUCCCAUAGAGAUUAUCUCCUUUUCCCACAACCCCCCAAAAAGACCCCACUCUACACCGUUCUGUUAUUUAAAGGAACAUGAGUUAGCGCCACUGGAUUGCUGUUAGGUUUGGGAGUCCCACAAUACCUGGCUGAAGGAGCUUUUUGAAUCCCGACUACUCUGUAUAAAUAUCUAAACAUGACAAUGGAGAGUGCUUUGAAGGACUGAGGUACUUCAGCGGUAUGUGUUCUGUAUGUUGAGUAUUUAAAAGCCAUCUUUUACAAGAAAUAACUUUAAAAACUGAUAUUUUCAGAAUGGAGACUUCUAUUGUUCAUGUCUGCAUUUGGGCAGCAUUUUCUAGUUGACUGAUUCUGAGGAACAAAUGUACUGUAUUAUUAGUUGCAGACUUAUUCUUUACUGGUGAGUUUUUAAAAAUACGUUUCUUGUAUAUGCAAACUCUCUGUAUUUUAAUUUAGGAUUAGUUUUAAGAUGUAUUUUUAAAUUUUAUUUUAUUGUAUAUAAAACCUACCUCUUCUAGCACAGAGAUGUCAAUGUGAAUUCCAGCAACUGCUUUGGAAAACAAUUUUUCUAUCUCUGUUCUUGUUUUGCAUGAAAAUAUACUCUGUUCUUCAGCAUUACCUACAGUAAAUAUUUGCUUUUGACUGUCAGUAAUAUUUGUUAGAGUGUACAUUUUUAUUUAAUGUUUUUUUUAAUUAAAAGUCGUCUUAUA